CGGUGUUUUGUGCUCUGCGCAGUGUUGGCUAUAGUACCAUCAGUGUUCGUGCCAAUCUGUACUACAGCGAGGACAUUUUUGCUUGCUAUCGUUAUACGAGUUCUCCAAGAUAGCCGCUUUUUUCGCGUUUCCGAUAUUCUCCCUCCUUUCAUGGAGUCGACUUGGCUGGCAUUCUGUACAUUACGGCGGAUGCAUCGCUACUGCCUUUAUUUUCGGCAUUUUCCUUCUCAUCAAUACGAACCGAAGUUUUCAAGGAAGGCACCGCUAGGGAGACAUUCGUGUUUGGUCAACGUUCAUAGCGGCGUUCGGCUACUUCACGGCUCUCAAUCUUUACCUCACUUUUGGAGCAACGUUCCUCAACAAGGUGGUUUCGCUGCCAAUUGUUCCACUUGGGUCUUCUCCGUGCCCAAACCACCGAGGGAUUCUCUAAAUACAUCAUACAGUUUCGGCUCACGAUGGGGCCUGUUCUCAAAAGCUUGCGUACGGAAUACUGAUGUCAACAAAAUGCGGUUUUUCAACUCGCUUAGUACAGUGCCAUCCGGCGUUCUCUUCGCUAUGAUCGGACUUUUCAAUCCAGAACUUCAGCCGGCAUCUGUGACGUGUCAUGGAGAAGUGGAGGAAAUGAAGAACCGUUUCCUUCGGGUCUGCCCCCCCUUUGGGGCCGAAGCUACAUGGGCAGCUGUGCUGAUCCUGCACGGAGCCAUUCUCGUUCUCACCAAUGUUGUGUUUUGCGUGUUUGCGAGUGCAGAACCAGCAGAUUGGACCAAGGAUGGUUACGAGGACUCUUCGAUACGACCAGCGAGAGAGGAUCCGUUACCGCAGCGACCACUCUGA